AUGAAGUUUUCCCUUCUCCUCUUUACGGCAAGUGCGCUUGCAGCACCAAAGCAGCAGCGCCGGGAUGUACAGGCGGACGUGCGGGACCUUCCCGUCGUCAGGGAGGGUUCGGCGCUUUUGCUCGAUGGGAAACCGUGGAAGGCGGUGGGACCGAACGUGUUCUGGCUUGGGCUAGACGAGGAUGCCGGCUACCCCACCAAAGGCAGGAUCACGGAGGCCAUGGCCACAGUGAAGGCCCUGGGAGGGACUGCGAUCCGGGCCCAUACUCUUGGCGUUAGUGUGGAGCACCCUUUGAGCGUGAUGCCGUCGCCGGGGCAGGUGAACGAGAAGGCAUUCGACACCAUCGACUGGGCUGUUUACCAGGCUCGGGAGUACGGACUCAGGCUAUUGGUUCCUUUGACAGAUAACUGGGACUAUUACCACGGCGGGAAGUACACUUUCCUCCGCUGGGCGGGCUUUGCCCUCACGCAGAACCGCGACUCAAAGAACCCGCAAAUCCAGCAGUUCUACACAAACGCCACCAUCGUGGCAUCGUUCAAGGACUAUAUCCAGAAGCUGGUUACGCAUGUCAACCAGUAUACAAACAUAUCAUAUGCGGACGACCCCACCAUCUUCGCCUACGAGACGGGGAACGAGCUCGAAGGCCCCGUAUCUAGAGACUUGGACGUGCCGGUGGCUUGGGUCUCCGAGAUUGGGAAGCUCCUCAAGUCGCUGGCGCCAAAGAAGCUAGUGGUAGACGGCACCUACGGCGUCAGCAAGGCGCACCUGGACGUUCCCGAGCUCGACAUCUUCUCAAACCACGGCUACCCGGUCAGCGUGUCCAAGUUGCAGUCGGACUUGAGUUUGGUGGCGACGGUGAAUAAGACGUUUUUUGCAGGAGAGUACACCUGGAAUAGUCAGGCCGGCGGCGACUCCUCCCUGGCCUCCUUCUUCCAGGCCAUCGAGCAGAGCCCAAUAGCCUCGGGCGAUAUGUUCUGGAGUCUGUUCGGCCACAAUGUCCCUGACUGCAAGACUUUUGUCAACCACAACGAUGGCCUCACCUUGCAGCUCGGCAACCCAGCUAACUCGGCAUUCACCAAUAGCCGGAUCCAACUGAUCCGGCAACACUUUGUCAAGAUGAGCCAGGGUUUGACUAUUGCUGCGGAUGCAGCUCUCCCGGUUGUGCCGUGCCCUGCGCCAGAAGUCCCAGCAGAUGAUAAUUAGAUGAGGGUGGCACGCUAUCAGCGCAUACGUGGACAUAAGCAGACGGAAAGCUGUCUAAAUGCUCAUACAACCGUGCUAGAAGCCCGAAAUCGUCAUGUGUCCUAGUUUCAUCCGUCCUAAAGGCUGUGUUGCUAUCAAAACCCAACAGUCCCUUAUCACGGAGCUUCAUGCAGUAUUGGAUUCAGAGUUGUAUAAUGCCAUUCGUACUGGGUUCGUUUCGUAUUACAAAUGGAACAUCAUUUUCCUGCUUCUCAUAACAUAUCGUACAGUCAGGCAUUCAAGCACUUAA